AUGAGUUCAAGAGUGUUCAGAGCAACACCAGACAACAACUAUUUGGUCCCUAGGAGAUCCAGAGACCAUCAAGACACUAGUCCGGACCGGAACCGGAUCUGGUCUGAGCCUCGUCAUAAACCGGUCGUUAACCGGAAAGUCCCCGUCGUCUAUUAUCUCUGCCGGAAUGGUCAGCUUGACCAUCCUCAUUUCAUGGAAGUCACUCUCUCUUCCCACGAUGGUCUCUAUCUCAAAGAUGUGUUAAACCGCUUGAAUGAUCUUCGAGGGAAAGGAAUGGCAAAUCUCUACUCUUGGUCCUCCAAACGGAGCUACAAAAAUGGAUUUGUCUGGCACGAUUUAUCGGAGGACGACUUCAUCUUCCCCGUUCAAGGCCAAGAAUACGUCCUCAAAGGCUCUGAGGUUCUCGAUGCUCUUCUUCUCUCAAAUCCCAGGAGCCUCCUCGAAACGACGUCAUUUAGGGAUCCGAGAUCUCUUAACCCAGAGAAAAUCUCCGGAGAUGAUACCCCGGCGGUGAACCGCCGGCGAAACCAGUCGUGGAGCUCUAUCGAUCUCAGUGAAUACAAGGUGUACAAAGCAACCGAGUCGAGCGCCGAGUCGGCUCGGAGACUCGCGGCGGAUGCUUCAACGCAGACGGACGAUCGACGGCGGCGGAGAAAACCGGUUAAAGAGGAAAUAGAGGAGGUGAAGACUCCGGCGAGCUACGAGAAUCAGAGCACUGAGCUGGGCAGAGAUGAGAUUUCUCCUCCGCCGUCGGAUUCGAGUCCCGAAACCUUAGAGAAUCUGAUUAAAGCAGAUGGACGGCUGAUAUUGCGUCCCAACGAAAGCAGUAAUAACGAUCAUCGGACGGUGGAGAGCUUGUCGAGCGGGAGAAUGAGAGCUUCGGCUGUGUUAAUGCAGCUAAUAUCGUGCGGUACGAUGUCGUUUAAAGAAUGUGGGCCCGUUUUGUUGAAAGAUCAAGGGCUGCCGUUGACCGGGCGUAGCGAGUGUUCGGUAACGCGAGGAGCAGGUGAUAGUAGUCUUGAGAGGGCAGAGAAGGAAUUAAAGGGUUUUGGAAGGGUAAUACUGGAAGAUAAGGAGUAUUUUAGCGGCAGUUUGAUUGAGACCAAGAAGGAACUUGUUCCUGCUUUGAAGAGAUCUUCUUCUUACAACGCUGACAGGAGUUCAAGAAUGGGACCAACAACGGAGAAGGACGAGGAAGACGCGGUUCGAGCUAAGUGCAUUCCGAGGAAGCCAAAGUCGGUGGCUAUAAGGAACAGUGUUGGGCAUUAG